AAUAUGCAUAGGUUUCCCAUUUAAGGACUAUUUCUACAUACUCACAUUUUCUUUUCCUGUUUUACUGUGUCUCAGUAUUCUUUGUGCUUCCAGUGAUUCAGAGGUUCAAGACACAUGAAUGGAGGCAAUGAGAUCUUAGAUCCUAACCUGAAUAUGCAAUCCCAGGAGGUGUGGCUUUUCAGAAGGUUUAGAACCUCUGUAGCACAGGCAAUUUAAGUAAACUCCUGGCCAUAUUGAAGUCAAGGGGAGUUUUGCCAUUGCUUUCAAUGGAGCCAGCAGAUCUAUCCCUGGAUAUAAUUAAUAUAAUAUUACUAUAUGCAGAAGUAACAGAAUUAUAACUGCUGUUAGACUAACUUUUUUCUCUCUUCUUCCUACAGGCAUUGGUGACUGAUGAGAAGUAAAAUUAAAGGCCAUGGAUGAAGAUGGACUUGAACUGCAGCCACAUGAAGCAAAUACAUUUUUUGAUACAACAGGAGCUGAUGCAGCACAUAUGGAUGGAGAUCAGAUUGUUGUGGAAGUACAAGAAACUGUAUUUGUUUCAGAUGUGGUGGACUCAGACAUAACUGUACACAACUUUGUUCCUGAUGAUCCAGAUUCGGUAGUAAUCCAAGAUGUCAUUGAAGACGUUGUUAUUGAGGAUGUUCACUGCUCUGAUAUUAUGGAUGAGGCGGAUGUGUCUGAAACUGUCAUCAUUCCUGAACAAGUGCUGGAUGAAGAUGUAGCUGAAGAGGUUUCUUUAGCACAUUGUACUGUUCCAGAUGAUGUUUUAGCCUCUGACUUAACAGCUGAAGCUAUGUCUAUACCAGAACAUGUACUGACAAGUGAAUCAAUGCACGUACCUGAUGUUGGGCAUGUAGAACAUGUGGUUCAUGAUAAUGGUGAAGAAGCAGAUAUUGUCACCGAUACUCUGGGAACAGAUGUAGUUUCUGAAGAAGUCUUGGUGGCGGACUGUGCCUCAGAAGCAGUAAUUGAUGCAAAUGGUAUCCCUGUGGAGCAUCAGGAUGAUAAGGGCAACUGUGAGGAUUACCUUAUGAUUUCCUUUAAUCCCCUUCCUAGCCAACUGGAGAAACAGUAUGGAGAAGCUCAAUGGCAACCAGAUCCAGUUCUGCACAGAAGGGGUAACUCCUUCAAUAUACGGUCCUGUGGAACUGUGGACGAUGCUGGUAAAAUAGAACAUGAAGGUUCUGCUGAAAUUACCAUGGAGGCAGAGUCAGAAAGUGAUCCUUGUAAAGUGGAUGGCAUUUGUCCAGAAGUCAUCAAAGUCUAUAUAUUCAAAGCUGAUCCUGGAGAAGAUGAUAUAGGAGGUACAGUUGACAUUGUGGAGAGUGAGCCUGAGAAUGAUGGAGUGGGACUACUCGAUCAAAAUAACAGUGUUCGUAUUCCAAGGGAAAAAAUGGUUUACAUGACUGUAAAUGAUUCUCAGAAUGAUGAUGAAGAUCUAAAUGUUGCAGAAAUUACAGAUGAGGUUUAUAUGGAAGUGAUUGUAGGGGAGGAGGAUGCAGCAGUGGCCCAUGAACAGCAGAUUGAUGACACUGAAAUCAAAACGUUCAUGCCAAUAGCUUGGGCAGCAGCUUAUGGUAAUAAUAAUGAUGGCAUUGAAAGUCGGAAUGGCACGGCAAGUGCACUCUUACACAUAGAUGAGUCUGCUGGACUUGGGAGACUAGCUAAACAAAAACCAAAGAAGAAGAGGAGACCUGAAUCCAGGCAAUAUCAGACAGCAAUAAUCAUUGGCCCUGAUGGUCAUCCCUUGACUGUCUACCCUUGCAUGAUUUGUGGAAAGAAAUUUAAAUCCAGAGGGUUCUUGAAAAGGCACAUGAAAAACCACCCAGAGCACCUUCUUACAAAGAAGAAAUACAGAUGCACAGACUGUGAUUACACUACCAAUAAAAAACUAAGUUUGCAUAACCACUUGGAGAGCCACAAGCUGACCAACAAAACAGAAAAGCUUAUUGAAUGCGAUGAAUGUGGGAAGAGCUUCUCUCAUGCAGGAGCUUUAUUUACUCACAAGAUGGUACAUAGGGACAAAGGGGUCAAUAAAAUGCAUAAGUGCAAAUUCUGCGAUUAUGAGACAGCAGAGCAAGGGUUACUGAGUCGUCAUCUCUUGGCAGUGCACAGCAAGAACUUUCCUCACAUUUGUGUGGAGUGUGGCAAAGGCUUUCGUCAUCCGUCAGAGCUCAAAAAGCACAUGCGGAUUCACACUGGUGAAAAACCAUAUGAGUGCCAAUAUUGUGAGUACAGGUCUGCCGACUCUUCUAACUUGAAAACUCACAUAAAGACUAAACAUAGCAAGGAAAUGCCAUUCAAAUGUGAUAUUUGUCUUCAGACAUUUUCAGAUACCAAAGAGCUACAGCAACAUGCCCUUAUGCAUCAAGAAAGUAAAACACAUCAAUGUUUGCAUUGUGACCACAAGAGCUCAAACUCCAGUGAUUUGAAACGACACAUAAUUUCAGUCCACACAAAGGAUUAUCCUCACAAGUGUGACAUGUGUGAUAAAGGCUUUCAUAGGCCCUCAGAACUGAAAAAACAUGUGGCAGCGCACAAGGGUAAAAAAUUGCACCAGUGCAGACAUUGUGACUUCAAGAUUGCAGAUCCAUUUAUUCUGAGUCGUCAUAUUCUCUCAGUUCACACAAAGGAUCUUCCAUUCAGGUGUAAGAGGUGCAGAAAGGGCUUUAGGCAACAAAAUGAGCUAAAAAAACACAUGAAAACACACAGUGGCAGGAAAGUUUAUCAAUGCGAGUACUGUGAGUAUAGCACUACGGAUGCUUCGGGCUUCAAACGACAUGUUAUUUCCAUUCAUACAAAAGACUAUCCUCACCGCUGUGAAUACUGCAAGAAAGGCUUCCGAAGACCUUCAGAGAAGAACCAGCACAUUAUGAGGCAUCAUAAAGAUGUUGGGCUGCCUUAAAGUCUCUUUCACAGACUAAGUGGCUGGAGUUAUAAAGGAAUAUUGCCUUCUAGGCAGUAAGCUUAUUUUAAAGUCAAUCACCAAUUACAAAAAACAAGCAUACUGUGCAUUUGAUUUAUUGCUGUAUACAAAUAGGAUUAUUGCUUCUAGUUGACUUUUAUACCUUUUGUUCAAUAGCGUGUUCUGAAUUCUAUUCAGUUUGUUUAAUAAAUGAGGAAAAGAUGGCAACAAUAAAGUUGCAUUUAAUAAAGUAAACCCUGUCUCAUACUGAAUUUUUCAACCGUAAUAGUUUAUUUAAAUAUAUUUAUCUUACUGACCUUGUUGGAACUCACACUGUCCAUGUUAAUACAAUUUUGUUGUGAAUUUUAAAAAUAUUUUAAAUUUUCUCUUGAUAAAUUGUCAGAUGUGUAUAAAAUAACAGGAAAUUUUAAUGUCAAGGAUAACGUCAUUAGGGCCCACCUAAUUGUCUAGCAUAUACAGAACUUGUGGCAAAUUAAACACUUUACAUAUGAGCAGUUACCCAUCAAACAUUACUGAACAAAAAUAUUCUGCAUUUUUAUUCCAGUUUCUUUUACAAAGGAUAUAUCAUUCCUCCCUAUAAAUAAGUACAAAUGAUGGUUGGUGGCAUUUUUUUCAAUGCUUAUUUUUACUUCUUGGAGGUAGAAUGUUCAUAAAUAUUAUGUUUAUUAUUCUGUGUUUCUUUGUUGGAUGGUUGUGUAUCUCAAAUGAAUUUCGAUUUCCUCAACGUUCUGGUGACUAAACGUUGACAAAACAUGAAAUAUAGUUGUUCUUGCUGACUGGUCAGGUUGCAACUUUUAAUAUGUACAGUUAAGUAUACCCCAAAUUAAAUAAGAAUUUAUAUAUAAUAUUGCUAUAUGAAACACCAAUAUUUGGAUCAAAUAAUCAUAUUUUUAUUGGGAAUUUCUUUAGAUUAAAAUUAAAGAACAGUAGAUUGCCUCGGUUUUGAAAGCCUGCUAUAAUGGGAGAGAACUUCAAGUGGGAGGAUAGGGUGCAGAAGCUGACAACUUACUAGAGAAUAGAGCUCUGGUUUCCAGGCCAAUGUCCUUAAAUAUAAAAAAUAAUCUAUGACUGGCAGAACCAUUUUGAAAUAGGAUAUUUUCCAUGACCCAUUAGCAUCUGUGUUAAACUGCUGUUUAUUAAGCAAUUAGUAUCCAGAAUUAGCCCAAUUCUUCUUGUUUGUUUAUAAACAGCUGGGAGAGUAUUACAAUUAUUGUAUGCAAUGUUGCCACCUGAAGACUUAUAUUAUGAAGCUGCAUCAGUUGCUAAUUGCUGUAUAAAUGUGCAAGACAUGAAGUCAUGUGUCUUAAGACAACAAAAGUUAAGCAAAGCUGAAUAGCUUAAUUGCAUAUGAAGUUUUGAUAUCCAAUCCUGCGGUCUUGCUCAGAGUGUCAUUGAAGUCAGUAGUUGACUAAGGAUGGCAGGAUUCGGCCUGAAGUACAAAUAUAGGAUUGUGACAGAUUUUGCAACCACUCGUCCCAUCACAUGGCACUUGCCAGUGUGAGUAGUACCAUUUUGUUUAAUGGGAUAUAUUCACUGGGAAGGGGUAUAGAUCCUGGCCCUUGGUUUUUACUGAGUCUUUUGUAAAGACUUCAGGCCCGUAAUGAAACUGAGGUUUGCUCUAAGAUGUUCACAUCCUAAUCUUCACUAUUGUUAAGAACUGGAACUAUUGCUCAGUCGGUACGUUAUGUUUUACUCUAAAUGUUAACACCUGUGGUUAACUUGAACUUAUCAUUUCAGGAAAAGCUAAAUGCAUCUAAUGCUACUUUACUGUUGUUCCCCACAGUCUCUGCUGUCUGAGGGACACAGACUGAUCCUGUGCUAUAUUGGCAAAUGUUGCCAAUAACAGCCCUUGAUAUUUUAGUGCAUAGGCGGACUACUGUGCCUCCAUGAAACUCUGCUAUAUUUAGUGGGGUUCUGUUGGCAUAUCAGUUGGCCGAAAUGCUGCAUGUUGUAAAAUGGGGGCCUUAUGUGCACAAAAACUUAAUGCAUUAUUUUCCAUUCAAAUAUUGCAAAAAUUCUCUUCGUUCAGAUAGAAUUCCCUUGUACGAUUUGCUCUAUGCAAGUGGAAACCUUAAAGAAAAGUGUAUAAAAUCUGCAUAAAUUCCCACAGAACUGCUGAAGAGUUUUAGUCAUUUAGAACUAUAUUUUUUUAAAUAAGCUGAAAGACAAAGAACACAAAAUUUGCGCAUUUUAUUUCUUUUAUGUAGCCUGGAAUCAUACACACUUUUUUUUUAAAAAGCACAAUAUUAAAACCUUUUUUAAAAAAAUAAAAAUAAAAAAAUUAAGGUUUUGGUCAAGUGGAUUUUGUAAAAUGUAUUUGUCUGUAUAAAGAGAAAAUGAAAUUAUAGUUAUUGUUAAUGUACUGACAUUAGUUACAGGCUAGUUUUAAUUCUUAAAUAAUUUGAUUAGCAAAUGCUAUAAAAUGGAUGUUUCAGUUCAAUGUUUUAAAAAGGUACAGAUUUUUACAAGGACAUAAUAUAAAUUAUUGUUCUGUAGAAAUACCCUGUUAAAUAUUGUACGUCCUUCCCUCUGUACACUUUGUAAAAAAAGAAAAGAAAAAAAUGAAAUACAUAGAAUCAUAUAGGGAUGUGUGACAUUAUUGUAAUUGUGUACUUGAUAAUAACGUGAAAAAAUAAAAAUCAGAAUAUUUUCCUGUUAA